CGUUCGACCUCUGACCCCGCCUGGCCGGCAGUCACGUGCAGCCUGUCAUGGCGGCCUCCUGCGCUGCGGGUGGCGGUGUGAGUGUGACCCAGCGUGGGGGGCGUCGACGUCUGCGGCUGCUCUUCGGGGUCGCUGGCCAGGUCCUGCUCCGGGGAUUCCGCUCUGCCGUGGCCUUACAGGCAGAAGAUGAAAGCUGUAAUGCAGAAGUAGUGAAUGUGGUGUUCAUAGACCGAUCUGGGCAAAGGAUCCCGGUGCAAGGCAGAGUUGGGGAUGACGUGCUACGCUUGGCUCAGAGGCAUGGCAUUGACUUAGAAGGUGCUUGUGAAGCUUCCCUGGCCUGCUCAACCUGUCAUGUCUACGUGAGCCAUGACUUUGUGGACAAACUUCCUUCCCCUGAUGAACGGGAGGAAGAUAUGUUGGACAUGGCACCACUGCUGCAGGAGAACUCACGCCUGGGCUGCCAGAUCAUCCUUGGCAAAGAAUUGGAAGGAGCAGAGUUCACCCUCCCCAAGAUCACCAGGAACUUCUAUGUGGACGGGCAUGUCCCCAAACCCCACUGAAGGCAACAGAGCCAAAAGCUGGACCAAUCUCCCGCGUGAGGCUGGCUGAAGUCUGUUGAGCAGACUUGAGAGAGAGAGCAGGACAGGGGUGUGGUUGAAGCAGGCAUGGUCCUGAAAUGAAGUGGGUACACUGUGUACAGGAAGAUGGUGCUGAAGAAGGGAUUUUGGAUCUACUGGAUGGGGCCACCCAGGAGCCAGUCCCAAGCUUCCUGCAGCUGCCUGUUUCACUGUGCCUUCCAUAAGUCAUAGCUGCAUUAAGCAGUCUCAUUUGUGGCGUAAGGAGGAUGUUGGAAGAAGAAGCUCCCCACUCAAUCCUUAGAGAAGCCAAAUGGAUGUUUCAAGUGCUUAAGAGAGGAGGGAGGUUCUAGCACAACAGCUGUCAUCUUUUGAGGGAAUAUACAGACUGCACAAGGGACAAUGGCAAAGGUUUGUGGGUUAUUCUCCCAAACAUGUUGGAUGCAUUAUUUCUAGCUCAGUUUUUCUUUCCCCCGUUGUACAAGCAGUGCUUUUAUCUACUUUGGGGCCUUCUCAUCUGCCAUUUGACUGUGGAAAAAUGGUUGGAAAUGUCUGUUUCUGUUGUAAUUUGGACUAUAUCAGACAAGAAGCCAAGAGGCGGGAAAGGGCACACCUUGGUGGUUUUAUCAGUAAACAUGUUGUAAAAGCA